AACACACAGUCGAGAUCGGAAAUAAGGGAAUUUCAUGCACUGUUGACAAGAAAACGGCACACAAGUUGCUUGCGGAAAAGUCGGUCUUUAGCAAACAAAAUCAAUUUCUAUUUUUAACCACUGAGAAAAAAAUUGAGACAAUCUGAUUACUGAGAAGAAAAAAAAAUCGUAAAAUGUCUGAUCAGAACGCAGAAUCAAAUCAAGAGCGUAGACAAGGAUUAAUCGAUGGGAGUGAAAAAGUCAAACGAUCGACACCUGAUGAUGUCGCAGAUAAAGAAACUUCAACGAAAAAGAUCACCGAUCUGAACUCAUAUUGUCUUGAGCACAUUUUCAACUAUUUGGAACUCCCAGAUCUAGUGAAUGUGGCCGACUCAAACAGUAAGUUAAGGUCAGACUGUGAAUUACCAUUUAUAAGAAACUAUCGGAGCAAAAAAGUGCAAAUGAUGAGAUACGGUGGCUGGUCCACGCACUUAACAUACAGCAAUUGGUUCAGAAUAGAUACAAGCACCAUUUCCAUCCGGAAUAUGAUAGCAUGCCUAAAACUUUUGCGACACUUUGGUCAUCUAUUGACUAAUUUGUCGAUAAAUUUCGACGAAUCUAUGCCGGCACAUUGUGCUGAAGUAGAGCGCUACAUCCAUGAUAAUUGUGCCGAGUCGUUGGUUGAAAUUGAUUUCGGAUACGCUCAGCAAUCGACGUUUUCUACUAUUAAAAAGCCGUUUUCAAAAAUUGAAAAAGUAAGCUUUAGCGAUUCUGAGUUGGGAAAAGAAAUAUGUGAAUUCAACAAAUGGUUCCCGAACAUGCGUCAUUUACAUUUCAAUAUGUGUGACACAAUUGCUGAUUUGAGGUGCAUUGAAAAACCGAUUCCAAAUUUGAAACAUCUGGAGCUACACAUAAAUGGUUGUGAUAAAGGAUUUCAGAAAUUAAACGUCUUGGAAUGUCUACGCUUGAAUCAAAAUCUGCAAAUUUUCGCCCUGUCAAACAGUUUUGAUGGCACUUUUUUCGAACUUGCCAGCCGAUACCUACAGAAUCUACAACAUCUUCAAAUCAAUACCAGCCAAGAAAGCUACUUUCAUAAUGUGGAUUCGCGCAUUCGUUUCGAGAACGUAAAAUUUCUUUUCAUUGUAUCAUCAAGAAAUGAAAUUAUUCCGAAAAUCCCAUUCACUUACGGUCGUCUUGAAAUGUUCAACAUAAUUGCUGGUGGAAUUCAAUCAAACGAUGAGUUCUUCAGAAAUCAUUCACUGAAAAAAUUGAAAUUGGCAGCAAGAUAUUACUCCCAAUCGUUUGAGAUUAUCGGUGAAAAGCUACAACUAGCUAAAGCAUUGCCACAACUGACUGAAUUCAGUGCCACAUCCGUAUUUUCCGUCGAUGAAGCGAUUGCUUUUGCUAACGAAUGUCCGAUGCUGAAACUCUUCGAGUUCAAACUUUCAACCCAAUCUGAAUAUGAUGAUUUAGAGAGUCGAUUCACACGGCAUUCUGAGUGGAAUGCAUCUAUUAAGCACCCGCUCAUCAUUCAGUUGCAACGAUGCACUCUUCAUCUUGAUGAAUAAAUGUACUUUUUUUUUAAUUUAUAGAGAUUUUUGUAUUGAAACAAUAUAUUUAUGGAAUUUUUCCCAAAGCUUAUAAACAUAAAUUUAUACAAAAAUGAGGAGAAAUUAAAUGUUCAA